AUGGUGUCGGCCUUGCAAGUUCGCAAUGGACUAAGGCAUGGUCACACAACGUACCUUGUGGCUUUGACUGAGACCAAACCAGACGUAUUUUAUGAAGUACCGGAUGCUGUCGGUAAAGUGCUUGAUGAAUUCAAGGAUACGAUGCCCCCUGAGUUGCCUAAGGAGUUGCCUCCGCGUAGACCUUGUGACCAUCGGAUUAAACUGGAACCGGGCGCUCAGCCUCCUGCCCAACCUCCUUAUCGGAUGCCACCAGCCGAGCUGGCCGAAUUGAGGAAGCAGUUGGAUGAACUACUGAGUGCGGGAUUGAUUCAGCCUUCAAAGGCACCUUACG